CUUCUGUCACCAUCGAUGAAUUGUGAGGAAUCCGGGUGACAUGCAGUGAGCAUCGAAAUUAUUCAUGGGUCACCCCCCGAACCAGAGAGACUUAGAGUUGUAUCAGAUGACUUCAACACGAUUGUCAAAAAGGGUCCCUGCUACCUCUUCAUAUCCAUGCAGAAUUUUGACGGCUACAAGAAGGCCUUGCGAGGACGAUUCGGCGACGCCGCCUUCCUCUCUUCAUGAAAGUGGGCACAAUUCGAGACGAUCCCAAAUUUGCCGCUGACCAAGAGUCGAACAAACCCGUCGAAGUCACAGCCAUGUUUGCUGCCACGGCCAAUCCCUCUGUUGCGGACGCCUUGGCUGCUAUUGGGGGCCAGGUCUCGUUGCUGGCACCGCUGAAACUUUUCCGCCGUGUUUGGCCACCAAGAGCACAAAAGAGACGGAACUCCGAAAGUAUUGGAGUUGGGGGCAUAAAGAACCCUGAUGUCCAGGUGUUUGGCUACGGUAGCUGGCUCAAGGAUCAGCCGGAUUUCUCCAUGGACAAGUGGGUCGCAGCGGCCGAGUUGCAGAUGUAUGCUUGCUUCUUUGGCCAACUCGUUCAUACGGGGAGUCGGCACAGUGAGAGGAACGGGUACAUGGAUUUGAAUUACGAGGCAGUUGAUCAAUAUCCAAACUCUAAAUACAAUAUCCCUGUUGCCACCUCGACAAGUCUGCCCUGA